GAAAAAGAAGCUAUCCGAGUCAAUUGCACCUUUCUCUCUCUCUCUCUCUCUUCACAACCUCCCAUUUAUAUUCUCUUCUGUCUCACUACCUUCUUUUGUCUCCCUUUCUCUCUCUCUCUCUCUCUCUCUCAACAACCAUGGGUAGAUCUCCUUGCUGUGAAAAACAACACACAAACAAAGGUGCUUGGUCUAAGGAAGAAGACGAACGUCUUAUUAACUACAUCAAACAACAAGGAGAAGGUUGCUGGCGUUCUCUUCCUAAAGCCGCAGGCUUGGCAAGAUGUGGAAAAAGCUGCAGAUUGAGAUGGAUCAAUUAUCUCAGACCUGAUCUUAAGCGUGGAAAUUUCACUCACGAAGAAGAUGAACUUAUCAUCAGCCUCCAUGCUAUGGUUGGAAACAAAUGGUCUCAGAUUGCUCAAAAAUUGCCCGGAAGAACAGACAAUGAGAUCAAGAACUAUUGGAACACUCACAUCAAACGCAAACUCUAUAGCCGUGGAAUUGAUCCUACAACACAUCAGCCACUCAAAACCCUCUCCGGUACCGCUGCCGCUUCAACCGGCACUUCCUCAGCAACAACCACCUCUGCAGAAGCUGCUUCUCCUACAAUGGUUGUAAAUAAUAAUCCUCCGGUAUUUCCUGUGGUAGCCUCAAACAACGAGAGCAGUACUAGCAGCAGCAUGAGCCACCACAACAAGAUUAAGAGUGAGUUUCAGUUAUUCAGUAAUUUCAGUGGCUCUCGGCUUAAAAAGUUUGUCGCAACUGAUUCUGGCUAUGGUGGUGUUGAAGAAUCAGUUUCAAACAGUAGCAGUGGUGUAACCGUUGAGGAUAUAGCUUAUCCUCGUCAAAUCAACUUGGAACUUUCAUUGGCUAUACCCUCUCCCUCUCAACAGCAACAGCCACAAGCUUUGUGUCUUUGUCGUCAAAUAUCUUUAGGGUUAUAUGGUAGUAGCCACCAACCUUGUUGCUGCAAUAAUACCAUACCUAUCGUUGGUGUUUCAACUUCUACUGCUCCACUACCUGCUACCACCGUCGCCGGGAAUGGUUUUUUCAAAUUUUCUGGAACCGGGAUUGUCAACAAGUUUUGAUUUUUUUUUUUUUUUUUGUAGAAGUAAUUUAGGCUUAAUCUUAUCUUUUGGGGUUAAUUAUUAAUUAUUAGAAUCACAGCAUAGCUGAGUUGUUAACGUUGUUGUAACUGUUACUUAGUUAACAACGUCAACGACAAAGGACAGUUUAGUUGUAGUAUCGAAUUUCGAAACUUUUCCAAAUUUUUGGAUUAUUUUGUUUUUAUUAUUUCAUAUAUAUAUAUGUGCUAAUUGCUAUGGUGGUUGACUGUUGAAUAGAGGUCUUACCCAAUAUUUUGGGCUAUAAA